AUGGAGCGAAGAAACGACGACGUUUCUCACUACAGCAACGUUCCGUCGGAAUUCUCUUGCCGGAAACAUCCAUCGGUCUCCGCCGUCGGGAUAUGUCCGUACUGCCUCAACGACCGUUUACUUAGCCUCGUCUGCUCCGAAUGCGGAGAGCAGCGGCUCUCCUCCUGCUCAUGCUCCGAUAUCUCUCCUAAUCGUACCUCAAACGCCGCCGUAGACGCCGGAAACGUCUUCCGCAUCUCUUCUCUCAUCGACGAAGAGACGACGAAACAGAGGAAAUCAACGACGGCGAUGACGACGGAGAAGAGUCGGAAAACAGAGGAAGUGGUGGUGUUCAAGAGGAGCAAUAGCAGCUGCGUUGAGAUGAAGAGUAAGAAUCAUCGAUUCUCGAAAAUCGGGAGAUUUUUCAGGAAGAUUAAUCUGAAAAAGGAACGAGAUUUCGGAAUCGAUGAGAAGAACAAUGAUUCGUGGGUUUUGGAUUACAACGACGGCAAGAAAAUGGGGGUUUCCAGAUCGAGAUCGCUCUGUAGUUUCCGAGGAGGAAACGGGUACUUUAUCGGGUCGGAAGAAGACGGGUCGUCUUAUUCCGGCGCGAGGAGCUCUUUCUCCGCCGCGAGAAGCUCGAGCGUCAACGGAGGAUUAGGGGUUUUCGACACGGCGGAGCAUCGGAAAAGCAACUUCGAAGGAAGGAAGAGUAACUUCAGCGAGACGACGGAGCAUCGGAAGAGUAAUUUCGAAGGGAGGAAGAGUAAUUUCAGCGAGACGACCGAGAAUCGGAAAAGCAAUUUCAGCGAAUCGGAGCCGCCGCGGAGGAGCGGUUUCGAGGCGAGGAAGAGUAAUUUCAGUGAAACAGAGUAUCCUCGGAGGAGUAAUUUCAGCGAAACAGAGUAUAAUCGGAAGGUAAAUCCGGCGACGGCGGCGGAGAAUAAUCACCCGCGGAGGAGCAAUUACGAAGCAGCGACGAGGAAGAGCAAUUUCAACGAGGAGCAGCAGCACCGGAAAAGUGAUUCGGCGGCGAUGAAUUUCACGAGAAGGGUGUUGUCUGUGAAAGAGAGUUACUUUACCGGAGGAGAAGAGCCUGGCUUUAUCGAUCUCAAAUUCGAUUCCUCUGGAGGAGGAGGAGAGGUGGUGGUAAACGACGGCGUUUUGGAACACGGAGGAGGAGGGUCUUGCCGGCUAACGGCGAAAGAUAGAGAAGUGAGUAAGAAUCGGAGGAGCUUCAAAGGAUGGAAAUGGAUAUUCGGACAUCAUCAUCAUCUUCGUCAUCAUCAUCAUUAG